CAGUACAACGAAACCGGAAACUUGUUUGCUCAGUUAGAUUUUUGGAGAUCUGAAUAAACGUCUUUCGCCUAUAGAAGUAACUAACUGUUGCAGUUAUCAGAGUGACCUUUCGAAAUUCCGGAAACUUUUAAUAAUCGGUCGCUACUCGGACACUAAACAGUCAUCAUGUCGAAGGCUGAAAGCCACACCCGCGCUAACCAGGACCGCGAUCGUGGCGACGAAGACUCUGGUCGUCAAAAGUCAGGAUCCCAUCAGGAGAAGUCUGGCCAGCACGAUGGACGUCGUGACUUCGAUCCUGAGGACCAUCCGCGUGACGAAAGUGGCCAUUUCGUGAAGAAGGACGAAGCCGAGAAUGAAGGACGCAACAGCGGCCAACAUGGCGGAAAGUCGGGAUCCCAUCAGGGAAAAUCUGGUCAGCAUCAUGAUGGACGUCAUGACUUCAAUCCCGAGGACCAUCCACGCGACGAAAGUGGCCACUUCGUGAAGAAGGACGAUGCGGAGGACACAGGACGCCACACCGGUCAUCAUGGCGGAAAGUCUGGAACUGGACACGGCGGACAGGAACGGUCGGGUCAGCGCGGCGCUGACCGAGAUGGUCGUCAGGAUAACGAUUCUCAGGAUCGUUCACGCGAUGAUUCCGGCAAAUUUAUCAGCAAGGACGAAGAAGAAGGCAAGGGAAAGAGCCGCUCCACUGGUCACAGCGGAAAGAGUCGUGAAAACGACGACGUGGACGAUGAUGACAAUCAGCGUGGCAACAAAUCCGGAAAGACUUCGGGACGUGGCAAGGAAGAAGGCGGCGGCGACCAGGUCGACCAUGAAACGGCGCGUGAAGAACUGAGUGCAGCUGCCAAGCACUUCGCGGAGACUAUGCCACGCGAUGAUCAGGGUCGUUUCGUCAGCGAGAAGAAGGAAUGAUGGGACUGAGAGACGCCCUCACUCGAAAUGUUUGUAAAUAGUAUGACUUUCUUUUGCGCGUGAUUGUUGUACUUGAAAUUAUUCGUAUUGGUUUUUUUUUGGUGCGGUCAGUCCAGGUGCACAGUUCAAUCUUAUAGAAAUUGGUAUUUCUUUUAGCAUUUUAUUUCUGCAUUUGAAAAGUGGUUUCUGUCUUCUCGAUUUUUAUUAUAACAUGAGUGUAAAAACACCCAUUGAGAAAAGCUCGAGGAGAUAAUUGAUCUUGGGUCAGAUUGUAUUUCCUGUUGCAAAUGCCAGUAUGGUACUGUAAUAAACUCUCGCGGUUG